CAUUCGCAGCCAGCAAACUCUUACUGACAGCGGAGGGUACACUAAGACUAAAACACAAUAAUGAUAAACUAGUCAGGCUUAAUUUACACACAAUGACCCGAUUAUCAUAUAACACACUGUAUAUUUAAGUAUAUUAUAGUUUCUAUAGUAUAUUUAUAGUUAUAAUAAAUUACCGGCAGCUGAUUUAAAGGGAUGUCAGCCGUACAUAGAGCAACCACGUGGGACAUUUCAGAUUCGGAGAAUGAGAGUGAUGACAUUAAAGCAUCAUCAUCAUGUGUAAUACUCGAUCAGAACACGUCUAUAAAUGAAUCAAACACUUCUCCACCCUCCGCCCGGGCGGAAGACAGCAGCAUCAGCGCGGAUGGAGUGAAGAUCUCCGGAAGGAGGAGGAGGAGAGAGGAGGUGCUGGAGGAGCUGGAGGCGAGGACAGCUGCCAAAGAGAGACGGAGAGAGGAGAAGGACAAACUCAAAGAGGAGAAACUACAAGAGCAACAGAGAAGAAAAGAGGCAGCGGAGAGACUGAACCUGUUAAAACCUGAAAACUUCAUUAAGAGUCUGACAGCUCACAUUCAUGCAGUGCUGUUGCGGGAUGCAGGCUGUGAUGUGUUGCUCAGGAAUCUUGAUGGGUUGCAGUGGAGGAACCGGAUAGAGAAUCAAGAUCUUCCUAACAGCAUCCGCUGGACACAACAAGCCCUUCAGCAGACUGAGGAUGAGGAUAAAAAGGAAGUUAUUGAAGAAGAUCAGGUCCUGAUGGUGAUCUCCCAUAAUGAGUUAGAGGACAUGGUGAUGUCACAUAAAACAGUGACCAAUCAGUCGGCUCUUAUUGGUGAUAUGUGUGAGGGGUCGGAGUCUCUGUUGAAUCAUCUAUAUAAGUACUUGACCAGAACUGCAGGGAAAGUUGUCACAAUUCUAGUGAUGAUCAGUCAUCAGCAACGAUCAGGAUCUUGGGGUGAAGAUGAUCUUGACCUUCACCUCAAUCGGCAGCAUCUGGACACAGAAGAGCUGUUGGUUCACCUCCAGCUCUACUGGAAUGUGGCAGUUCACUUCCUGUUUGGCUGGCAGGAAGUGACCGAUCAUGUGGUUGCACUUACCAAGGCUCUAUCUAAGAGACCUUACAAGGCGUUGUGUGGCGACCCUGAUCUGGGCUUCUGCAUGGACGGCUCGUGGUCAGCGGGUGUGCGAGUGGACAGAGACGGCCACGGUCUCGCUCAGGUGUGGACACGUCAGAUACAGCAGCUGAACCGCGUCAGUCCAGCCAUGGCCAAAGCCGUGACGAGCGCCUACCCUUCCCCUUCCCUCCUGCUGAAGGCCUAUGAGGAGCUGCCGUCUGAGGAGGAGCGGCGCAGACUAUUGGCUGAUCUCACUGUAGUAGGCGGAGCCAAAGAGAGGCGUGUUGGUCCUGAGCUCGCUGGCCGUGUACAUCGCCUCCUCACUUCCCAGAAUCCUCAUCUACUGCUGGAUUAGGACCA